CCCAGAAUGCAACAGUGUACUUGCGCAGGCGCGGUCUGUACUCGCAACGGCAGACGUGUGGAUUACAGUUCCAUGAAUGGGUGGGGGACAAAUGGGAACUGUAUUUUGAAAACGUAAAAACAACUAUUUUUAAAGUUAUGGUUUAUUGUUGAUUUAUAUAUUGCGAACGGAUUCUAUUUUGGUUUCAACAGAGGCAUAUUUUUAGUAGUUUUUUGUUUUUUUAAUCUGUUUAACGUGCAGCAGCUGCGCGUGUGCGGCUGUGCCAGAACGAGAGCACCAAUAAUAAUAAUAAUAAUAAUAAUAAUGCCUCGGGAGAAUAUGGCCUCUCUGAUCCAGAAAAUUGCCAGGCAAGCCCGGACAACUUUCAAAAACUGCGGUUCGCCCCCGAUCGGAGAGAACAGCAAGGGUUUUUUGGAGAACCACACACAACUCAGGAACCUUCUGCACGAGAUCCGGGCGGAAGAUCUCAACAUUGCACCCAGGAAGCUCGACCCCUCGCCUAUCUCUGUCCCUCAUAACCCUCCCGUCACCUACAUGCAUAUCUGCGAGACUGGUGCAUUCAGCAUGGGGGUCUUUCUGCUAAAAGGCGGGAGUUCAAUCCCUCUACACGACCACCCCGAGAUGAACGGCAUGCUCAAGGUUCUCUACGGGAAAGUCAGCAUCAGUUGCUUUGACAAGUUGGAUAACCCGCCUGAUGCCGCCAGUGAGGCGCAGUUUAACCCGCCUGUGCAAUCCUAUCAAAAGAACGGCCUGAGGAGGUCUAUACUCCGGUCUGUGGGGGAAUACACACAGCACAGCGGGCCUUGCAUUUUGACUCCCAAAAAAGACAACCUGCAUCAGAUUAAUGCCGUGGACGGACCUGCUGCUUUUCUGGACAUCUUGGCACCCCCGUAUGACCAAGAUGACGGCAGAGACUGCCACUAUUACAAGGUUCUGGAAAACAGAGACGUGAAAUUGGAGACAGGAGAGCAGAAAGAAAUGUGGCUACUAGAAAUUCCACAGCCCACUGAUUUUUGGUGUGGCGCAGAGCCCUACCCGGGCCCACAAGUUACUCUUUAAUUAAACAGAAAAGAAAGGGUUAAUACAAAAUAAACUGUACUAUAUCAAAAUUUUCCAAACGGAGUUUAAUAAAAGUAACUAUAAUACGAAUUUAUCUACUGGAUUGAAACGAGGAUUCUCAGGACCUAGCGACGUAAGAUGCACUCGCUGGUUUUAUUCCAGGAAAAUUCAUCGAUAUGUUUCAAGUAUUACCCUGCGUAACAGUUUGUCUGUCGUGAAAACUCCCUUUUCAAGCACCUACAUGAAAGCUAUAGUGUAUUAAUUAUAUCACAUGACUUGCUCGUUCUAUUGUUAAUAGUUAAACACCUAAUACAGUACAAUGCUUUCCAAACAAUUUACCACAGUUAACUUCAAAGUGUGAAAUUGCAAAUCUUAUAGCCUUAAGCUGCAUUUAAUUUAUUGGUAAUUAAUAUGUUUAUAUAGAUAUAUAGAUUAUAUAUAUAUAUAUAUAUAUAGAGAGAGAGAGAGAGAGAGAUUACCUGUUUUGUUUUAUUAGUGUGAGCAACUACAAUAAAGUCUGCACGCUAUA